AUGUCAUUUAGGCCAAGGUCAAUCUCGCUGACUACCAAAAAGGCUGCAUCAUAUCAAUCGUACUUUGCCAAAGUCCUAGCAAAGAGAUUGAAGUAUUUAAAUAAUAUCAAUGCCUUCUUGGCUAUUAUUAUUUCUAUCAGUUUAAAGGUACCAUAUGGUAAAUUCUGGUGGAACUUUUUAUUAACGUUUAUUUUGCGUGGCCCAUUGAUAUUUGUUGCAUUAUUUACAAUCAAACUUGCUAGAGAUAACAAUGCAACUGUCGAAUUUUCGCCAUACAAAACAUUGGGUUUGCAAGUUGCUAAAACCUUGAUAUCAAGAAGAUUUGUCUUGAAUUCAAUUUUCUAUGGUAUAUCAACAUAUAUCUUCACAUCAAUAUUCAUAUUCCAAUUGCCAUUCACGUUUGAUUAUUAUCUUCUUUCAAAAGAAUAUCAACUGAAACCCUUAGUUAACGAUGAAUGGGUAUAUUAUUGGUUCUAUUCAUUUUACCUUGCAAUUGCUUACAGUGCCCAACAUUUGAUCUUUCAGCGUAAUAGAUUGCAGUUCCAAUACGGCGUCACUAAGCUUAAGCCAGAAGAUGCCUUAUUGAAGAAAAUUCCGAAGUUAGUGGGAAAUACUAUUGUGCUUAAUUCAAUAAUUUGUCUUAGUGGGCCAGUUGUAUACUUUUUAAUCAGAUCUUUUAUUUACAAAUUAAACUGGUUUGUUUUAGUUAUAAUGGGGUUGGAUUCAAAUAUUCCUAACUAUCGUGUUUCUAUGAAGACUGUGAUUCAUCUCUCUUACGUUUCGGCACACAUUAUAUUUUCAUGGGAAGUGGUAAACCGUAUUUAUAAUGUGUAUGCUACGAUUGGCUGCUUGGAUGGAAGUAAGCCUAUCAGUACAUAUAGCGCUGACCCUAUUAAUACAUUACUUUCGGGUGUCCGCAAUGUUGACCCUGAAAAUCAAUUGAGUCGCUUAACAGCUUACCAAGAAUUAGCGUAUAUUUCAACGACUAAUGAUCUUGAAGGAGUCAAACUUAGAAACGCUAUUUAUAAUGCACAUUCCAGAGGAGGAUUUAUUUGGCCUGCCAUUUUGGAUGAAUGUUCGUUGAUUAUUAAAGAGACAACCCUGAAAAUUAAUUAUCGUUCUGGUAGUGAUAUGAAAGCUUUAAAGCAAAACCAAAUAUCCGUCAAAGAUGAUUUCCGUACUUCAUUAAAAUCUAGCGACGAAAUAUUUGGAAAUUCAUUUACUUUGAGCCCAACCCCAAAUUCGCAAUCUUCACCUAUCCCAAAUAUGAAAAAAUAUGAUGAACAGCUGGAAAAUAAACAAAAUGCCAACAUAAACAAUAUAAAAUACUCCCCCAUAUAUAACUUUUUUGAGCUACAGAUUUGGACCCCUAUCAAAACAAUUUUGUCUUCGCAUAUUAGCUUCACAACUAAUGAAACUUCGAAAACAUAUUUCCACAAUUGCUUUGCGAAUAUCAUAAACGAGGUAAAGAAACUCUACUCUGAGUACCGUAACCACUUCCUCACAACUCACAUAGGAGUAUUUUUUAGAAUAACUAUUAAAAGGGAUACAGAGUCUAGGGUUGUGAAUCCUGUCAAUUAUGGCAAUGCAGUAAUUGCCAUUACAAAUUUGGUCAUACAUGCAAUAGAAGAAGACAAGAACUCUACUAUCUCAAGCAAUCAUAUUUCUGAGAUUCUAACUCUUCUUGAAAGGCCAAUUAGAGCUAGUAGCAAUUAUACUGACUUACUUCCUGCCAGUGUUUAUUUAACACAAGCACAGAAGAGGGAUAAAAAAUUGACGAAGAACCAUUUGAUAGCUUUGCUACAUGAUUUGACAAUGAAUGAAUUUUUCCAAGUUUGUAUUAAGUAUAAUUACAAGUUAAAUGAUUUGGUCUUGUCAUCAAGAGCCUUCAAGUUAGCUAAAUGGGUUAUUGAUGUCGCUAUCGCUCAGCAACAACAAAAGCAUAAAGGUAAGCAAGGAGCAGCUUUAAGUAUGCAACUUUAG